AAAAUCUGAAAACGCGAGAGAGCAGCAAACAAAAAUAAUAUUUUGAAUGGUUGCGAAAUCUCCUUCGCAAAAGUGUUUUGUUAUUGUUAUAGAGCAUACCAGAUUUUUCGAUAAAAGAAGUUCUUUCGACUUUUUUCAGUACAAAUUAAAUUUAAGUUAGUGCGUUACAGUGUGAUGGCCUCGAAGAUUGUGGCGACGGCAACUGUGCGUGCUGUAAAAGGCCGCAAACUUCUCCCAACUCGAGCUGCACUCACCUUGACUUCUUCAGCCGUCAACCGUGUUAGAACUCUUCUGGAGGGAAAACCUGAAUACAUCGGGUUGAAAGUUGGCGUCCGUCAGCGUGGAUGCAAUGGAUUGUCUUACACAUUAGACUACGCAGUAGCCAAAGAUAAAAUGGACGAAGUGGUUGUACAAGAUGGAGUUACAGUUCUAAUUGACAAAAAAGCACAACUUUCUCUUUUGGGUACUGAAAUGGACUACGUGGAAUCCAAACUUUCCGCAGAAUUUGUCUUCAACAAUCCAAAUAUCAAAGGGACGUGCGGAUGUGGAGAAUCCUUUAGUAUUUAAAAUCUCCUGUACGUUUACUGUGAAUAGAAGACAUUAGUUAAAAAAAAUUAUUUUAAAUAAAAAUAUAUUUUUAGUUUGUUGA